AUGUACAUCGCAUCAUAACUUGACGAUACACAUCAGAAAACGAAGGACAGGAAAGAUGCGUCCUGGAACAGGAUUCCAAAACCGUGCCUACCGCUCUUUUAUGGUCAGCGGUUGCUACAAAGUCCUCAAAAAUGGUUCCCAUCCUCAACAGCCGAUUUUGAUCGAACACUGUUGUUUGAUGGCCAUGGGAAACUCCUGGGACAUCGUAGUCAAAUGCCGACAACAUUCUAAUCAACGCAAGAGGAUAAAAAACUGGCAAGAUGUCAUGGAGGUCUACCCCGAAGCCAAGGUAGAGAGAAAACAUAACGAUAUAGAGUUGACGUUGCCUGUCUUAACGGAAAAUCUUGAGGUUGCCGCUUUUGGAGUUCCAAAAGAAAAUGACCAGAAACGAAUGCAAAUGGCGAUCUUUGGAAAAGAUCCGAAACAGGGCUGCAACUGGAAGAUUCGGGUUUACUUGAUUGAUGAUUCAACAAAGGCAUUUAAGGUUGUUUGCGAGAAAGAAGCAGAAAAAGGAAACAGACAACUGACAACUCUCUCAGGCCUAUUUGUGUCCAACAGCAAGGAAAACAUCAGAAUUGAGUUUACUGAUCUAGAUCCAGGAUGGCAAAUAAAAGGGGACAAAGUGAAGAUAAUAUAUAUAAAAGAUGCGUGGAAUUCGCCUGAAAACUCAGCAAAUUUCCCUCUCUGUGUUUUUGAAGUAAGUCACGUUGAUCGAACCAAGCAGCAGUUCUUUUGCGGAAUAACAGUUUCACAUGACGAUGACAGUGCUGAUACCGAGAUGGUGGCUUUCUUCAAGCAGGUAAACCAACAGCAGGUUAUUAAAAAAUCAAGAGGAUAA